AGAGUUACUGAGAUGCUUCAUGUCCUGUAAUACAUCUGUGGUUGUGCGUGUGUGUGUGUCAUAAUUGUAAGUGGUCUUUAUCAGUGAGGGCCAGCUGGUAGUCUCACACACACACACACUCUGACCCCUCAGAGAAGAGAAACACACGUCUUCUUCUAAAGACACGCUGCACUAAAGUGAUUGGUAAACAUGAAGGGGCUUCUGUUGCUGUGUCUGCUCCCCUUGUUUGGAGCUCAAAGGUCAUCAGCAUGCCCCCACCUUUGCUCCUGUCAUGGCAGUCAGGUGGACUGCAGCAGCAGGUCUCUCACCUCCUCCUCGCUGCCCACCAGUUUCCCUGCAGGAACCACCUCCCUCCUUCUCCACAACAACCGGCUGACGAGCCUCCCCAAUGGGCUCCUGGAUGACCUGACCUCUCUCCGCUCUGUCUCCCUUCAUGGUAACCACUGGGAUUGUGACUGUGGCAUCUUCUACGUGCGAGCCUGGCUGCUGCGUCAGCCUGCCAACGUCAUAUCCCACCUGGGCGUCAACUGCAGCUUUCCUCCUGGCCUGAGAGGGCGGCUGGUGGUGUAUUUAACAGAGAAGGAGGUCCUUGAUACCUGCCAUUACUGGUACUGUGACUUGGCUCUGGCCUCGCAGGUGUGUCUGUUUGUGUUUGUUGUGGUGCAGGCAGCUCUGCUGGUGGCUCUCAUCGUAUUUUUGAGGCGGUUUGAGAGGCUGUCCAAAGAGGCCAGGAGAACCACAGAGGAGAGCUUCACAGCAGGGGAGAGCGUGAGGGAGAAUGAAUACACUCAUUUGAAGGAGAGCAGCAUCUGAGAUGGAGCUGUAAUGCUUUGUCAUUUUUAGACACAAAAGAAGAAAAAGAAGAGCAGCUGUUAUUUGCACAUUGGAGAGAAAAGGCCUCUCACAUGCUUUUGUGUUUCAGAUUAUACCAUAAAU